GGCCGGGCUGAGCGGCUGGAGCUCGGCCUCUGCCGGGAGAGGCCAGGGGGGCUGUCUUCCUGGGCCGGCUGCCGGACAAGGGGCGGUGGUCCACGCUGUGGCCAUGUCUGCGUCCGCAGGGUACUGUGGCCCCGCGAACCUGCGCUCUCAGUACGGGCCUGACCGGACAUCCGUGGUCUCCUGGGGCUCCGGCAGAGGGCAGUGACCCGCAAUCUCUGUGCGUCGUGGGCCCCUCCCCCAAGAAACAGGAGAGCCCAAGUGAUGGCUGCUGACAUGCAGAGGAAGAGAAGUGGUGAAGUCUCUGAUGGCACAUUGGCUCCUUCUGAUGGGCAGAGUGUGGAGAGAGCUGAGAGCCCCACACCAGGACUGGCACAGGGAAUGGAGCCAGGUGCCGGGCAGGAGGGUGCCAUGUUCGUCCAUGCCCGUUCCUACGAGGACUUGACUGAAUCAGAGGAUGGGGCAGCUUCUGGGGAGAGCCCCAAAGAGGGUGCUGGGGGUCCCCCACCGCUGCCUGCAGACAUGCGCCAGAUCAGCCAGGACUUCAGUGAGCUGAGCACCCAGCUGACGGGUGUGGCCCGAGACCUGCAGGAGGAGAUGCUGCCAGGAAGCUCUGAGGACUGGCCGGAGCCCCCAGGGGCGGCGGGGCGACCAGCCACAGUGCCCCCCAAGGAGGGCACAGGCGAGGUCGAUGAGGAGGAUGCUGCCGAGGCAUGGCGACUGCACCAGAAGCACGUCUUCGUGCUGAGCGAGGCUGGGAAGCCUGUGUACUCCCGCUAUGGGUCAGAGGAGGCACUUUCCAGCACCAUGGGUGUCAUGGUGGCCCUGGUGUCCUUCCUGGAGGCUGACAAGAAUGCCAUCCGUUCCAUCCAUGCAGAUGGCUACAAGGUAGUCUUCGUGCGCCGGAGCCCACUGGUGCUGGUGGCGGUGGCCCGCACGCGACAGUCGGCUCAAGAACUGGCACAGGAGCUGCUCUACAUCUACUACCAGAUCCUGAGCCUUCUUACAGGCGCGCAGCUGAAUCACAUCUUCCAGCAGAAGCAGAACUACGACCUGCGGCGCUUGCUCUCGGGUUCGGAGCGCAUCACCGACAACCUGCUGCAGCUCAUGGCGCGAGACCCCAGCUUCCUGAUGGGGGCGGCGCGCUGCCUGCCCCUGGCGGCAGCUGUGCGUGACGCAGUGAGUGCCAGCCUGCAGCAGGCGCGUGCGCGCAGCCUCGUCUUUUCCAUCCUAUUGGCGCGCAACCAGCUCGUGGCCCUCGUGCGCCGCAAGGACCAAUUCCUGCACCCGAUCGACCUACACCUGCUCUUCAACCUCAUAAGUUCCUCCUCCUCCUUCCGUGAGGGCGAGGCUUGGACACCUGUGUGCCUGCCCAAAUUCAACGCAGCCGGCUUCUUCCAUGCACACAUCUCUUACCUGGAGCCGGACACCGAUCUCUGCCUGCUGCUCGUCUCCACCGACCGCGAGGACUUCUUUGCAGUCUCUGACUGCCGCCGCCGCUUUCAGGAGCGCUUGCGGAAGCGCGGAGCCCACCUGGCGCUGCGGGAGGCACUGCGCACGCCCUACUACAGUGUUGCCCAAGUGGGCAUCCCCGACCUACGCCACUUCCUCUAUAAGUCAAAGAGUUCGGGACUCUUCACCAGCCCUGAGAUUGAGGCCCCGUAUACCAGUGAAGAUGAGCAGGAGCGGCUGCUGGGCCUCUACCAGUACCUUCAUAGCCGUGCGCACAAUGCCUCCCGCCCACUCAAGACCAUCUACUACACGGGCCCCAACGAGAACCUCCUGGCCUGGGUGACAGGCGCCUUUGAGCUAUACAUGUGCUACAGCCCCCUGGGGACCAAGGCGUCAGCUGUCAGUGCCAUCCAUAAGCUGAUGCGCUGGAUCCGCAAAGAAGAAGACCGCCUCUUCAUCCUCACGCCUCUCACCUACUGACGGGAAUAUGUGUGGGCUCAGCCCCCCUAGGCAUACUGGGCCAUGGGAGCCUUCAGGUGGGGCUGGCCUCUUUUGCCCAGGCAGCAGGCAGGGACUGUGGGUUGGUGUGUGCAUUAAAGUGCUUCUGGGAAGACGCU